CCUUUAUCCCUACGCGUCUUCCGCUGGAAGUGCGAGGACGACUGUACAUACCACUGCAUGCGGGCGGUUGAGGCCUGGAAGUCCACGGGAGGAAAGGGCCCCAUUGAGAAGUACUACGGAAAGUGGCCCUUCCUCCGUGUGCUCGGAAUGCAGGAGCUAGCCUCCGUGCUUGCUUCCCUUGCAAACCUCAUUGCACAUGCGAUAUGCCUCAGCCGCCUCCUGCCGCUGGCGGAAGUACCUGCAACGGGCUCGUCGUGCAGCAGAUCUCUGUACCCUUUCCUCUGGAUGUGGACUGCCUACGGCUGCCUUCACAUGAAUGCCUGGUUUUGGAGCGCUGUCUUCCAUUCCCGUGACACGCGACUAACAGAACGCCUGGACUACAUCAGCGCCAUUUGUUUGGUUGCGUUCGGACUGUUCGCGGCUGUGGCUCGGAUUCUAUGGGGCUCAAUGCGCCGGUGGCACCAUUUCGCUGCCGCUGCCACCGCAGCCAUCACUGCCGGAUUGGCCGCACACCUGUACUACAUGUUGUACGUCAAGUUUGACUACGGCUGGAACAUGCGCGUGUGUGUCAUAGCAGGCAUCGUGACUGCGGCCCUAUGGCUCGGAUGGAAUGCUUGGACACGGCACCCAGCCCGCUACAAGAUGUACGUGUUUAUGCUGCUGGUCCAUCUCAGCAUGCUGCUGGAGGUUCUCGAUUUUCCACCCAUCGGCGGGCUCCUAGACGCACACGCGGCCUGGCACGUCGCCACGGUGGUGCUCACGCCGUUGUUCUACAGCUGGUUGCAUGCAGAC